GGAGCCCAUGCGCGGGGCGAGCCGCGCGCUUGGACCCCGCGCCCGCCCCCGCCCCGGCCCCGGGGGCAGUCGCGCCCGUGAGCGGCGGGGCAGGAGACCCCACAGCGCCGGGCAGCCCGCGAGCAGCGCGCGAUGACGGAGUAUAAGCUGGUGGUGGUGGGCGCCGGCGGUGUAGGCAAGAGCGCGCUGACCAUCCAGCUGAUCCAGAACCACUUCGUGGACGAGUACGACCCCACCAUCGAGGACUCGUACCGGAAGCAGGUGGUCAUCGACGGGGAGACGUGCCUGCUGGACAUCUUGGACACGGCGGGCCAGGAGGAGUACAGCGCCAUGCGGGACCAGUACAUGCGCACGGGCGAGGGCUUCCUCUGCGUGUUCGCCAUCAACAACACCAAGUCCUUCGAGGACAUCCACCAGUACAGGGAGCAGAUCAAGCGGGUGAAAGACUCGGACGACGUGCCCAUGGUGCUGGUGGGGAACAAGUGCGACCUGGCGGCGCGCACCGUGGAGUCCCGGCAGGCGCAGGACCUGGCCCGCAGCUACGGCGUCCCCUACAUCGAGACCUCGGCCAAGACUCGGCAGGGCGUGGAGGACGCGUUCUACACGCUGGUGCGGGAGAUCCGGCAGCAUAAGUUGCGGAAGCUGAACCCGCCUGACGAGAGCGGCCGCGGCUGUCUGAGCUGCAAGUGUGUGCUGUCCUGAGCAGGCUGGAUCGUGGAGGUGCCGGAUGCGGGGAGGAGACUUGCGGACAGAAGGAGGAGGAGGAGGAGGAGGAGGAGGAAGGAGCGCUGGAGCCCGGCCAGCCCAGGGUCGCAGUCAGAGGCCACCGCUGACCCUCCCGUGGACGUUUCUCAGACUCGGCGGCCCCCAGUGGCCCCGGCCCCCUCCUGCCUCUGGGCUCCUGUCGGGUGCGGGCUCCUGUCCGGUGCGGGCUGAAUCACAGUAAAUUAUUUGAAGGUCUCGUC